AUGUUUAAGUCUCCUGGAAGUUGUACAAAAAGCGACGAGGAACUAUUGGAGAUUUUGUCCCAUGCGAAGAUCGUACAAACGGUACAGCCACAUCUCAGAAAGUGUUUCGAGAAUAUAUACAGAGUAAGAUUCGAAGAAGAUCUACAAAUUACCCGAAUGUACUCUGCGGAAGGUGAAGAGGUGGUAUUUGAUCCACCGAUGUAUCCGGAGAGAAGUGUUGAGUUUUGGCUGGGUGAUCUCGAGAAAGUGAUGCGUAAUACCAUUAAGGAGAUCAUUCGCAAAGCAUUAAAAGUCAUCCAUGAAACUCCAAGGAAAGUAUGGGUUUAUAUGUGGCCGGGACAAGUGACACUUUGCUGUGGCCAAACUUAUUGGGCUGCACAAGUGGAGAAUGCGAUCAAUAAGAAAAAACUUGAUGAUUAUUAUCAAGUGCUACUGGGAAAUUUAGACGAUUUACGCGAAUUAGUACGAAGUCCUCAAACCGAAAUCCAGAGACUAAUGCUGGAAGCAGUAAUAACGAUUGAAGUACACGCGCGAGACGUUCUGUAUCAAUUAGUAAAGGACAAAGUGACUAACAUAAACGAUUUCAAUUGGAUCUCACAGCUCCGCUAUUAUUGGGUAGAUGAUUCAGAUUUAAAGAUUCGUGCUGUAAAUGCGGAAUUCCAAUAUGGAUACGAGUAUUUAGGAAAUACUGGAAGACUAGUCAUUACUCCUCUAACUGAUCGAUGUUACUUAACCUUAACUGGGGCAUUGCACUUGAAGUUCGGUGGUGCACCGGCUGGUCCUGCUGGGACUGGCAAAACGGAAACGACAAAAGAUCUUGCUAAAGCGUUUGCCAUACAAUGUGUAGUAUUCAAUUGUUCCGAUCAAUUAGAUUUUAUGUCAAUGGGAAAAUUCUUCAAAGGUCUUUCAAGCGCAGGUGCAUGGGCGUGCUUUGACGAAUUUAAUAGGAUAGAUAUCGAAGUAUUGUCCGUCAUUGCCCAGCAAAUUAUGACAAUCCAACAAGCGCAACAAAUGCGGGUUGAUAAAUUCAUCUUCGAAGGAGAAGAAAUUGUUUUGAAGCCAUCUUGUGCGGUUUUCAUUACUAUGAAUCCUGGUUAUGCGGGACGAACGGAAUUACCGGACAAUUUGAAAGCUCUAUUCCGUCCAGUCGCUAUGAUGGUGCCAGAUUAUUCAUUGAUCGCUGAAAUUUCAUUAUUUUCUUAUGGUUUCUGCGAUGCAAAACCUUUGGCGGGAAAAAUAACAACGACAUUCAAAUUGAGCUCGGAACAAUUAAGUACACAGGAUCAUUAUGACUUUGGAAUGCGAGCGGUGAAAACAGUUAUUGCUGUGGCGGGAAAUUUGAAAAGAGAACAAAAAGAUUUAAACGAACAACAGAUUUGUUUACGUGCUUUGAAAGAUGUAAACGUUCCAAAGUUUUUAAAAGACGAUCUUAUAUUAUUCAAUGGUAUCGUAUCCGAUUUAUUUCCUCGUUUGGAGGAAAAACCAGUGGACUAUGGAAUUUUGGAAGCAGAAAUUCGCGCAACAAGUUUGAGAAUGGGUCUGGAAGAUGUUGAUGGUAUAUAUUUGCUUUCUUUAAUUCUUAUUUUUUUUCUUUUAAAUUCUUUAAUUAAGUUCUUAAUUAAUAAAGAAUUAUUCUUUUUAAUAAAUUUUCUGAUCCAUUUUACAAAAUAAAUUUCAAAAAUAAUUUCCGCAGUGAAAUAUUCAUAUUAUUUAUCUUGCUUUUUUUAAAUUAUUAUGUAAUAACAUAAUAUUCAUACUUUCUCUAAGUUUACGUUAUAAACACAAGGGAUCUCGUUGCAGUAGUAUUACGUAUCAAAAGAUUUACU